AUGCCGAGGCCUCGUUGGGGCAAUGUCCACCCACCUGUGGACAUUGGCAUCUCUCGAUCUGCUCAAAUCCGCAUGGACGAUGUCGUGCAACGAGAGCAACAAGAUGCGGCUUUGGCAAUCGCUUUCCAGCUGAGACUGGACGAAGAGCAACGUCAAUGCGCCAAAGAAGCUCGCAAUCAAAAAGACAAGGUUGAAAGCCGCACAACCACUCCUGCCGAAGACAGUGAAUCCAUAACCCCAUGCACGAACCUCAACAUGAUCUCCUCACUCCGAGUACCGCAGUCAGAUAAACCUACUACUGCUAGCAACAAGUCUGUACCCUUCACCAUCUGCGAUACUUGCGGUCAGCGUAUCACGUGUCACCGGCUAGGAGGGUGUUGGUUGAAGGAGCGUCCGGCCGAAAAGACCAUCAAUGGCAACAAAUGGUAG